AUGGGAGGUAGCCAGUCUCUUCCCAAGAUAACACCGCAAGAUCGGGCGAUUUUGGACCUGAAGCUACAGCGCGAUAAAUUAAGGCAAUACCAGAAGAAGAUACAACAUGUCUUGGACAGGGAACAAGCAAUUGCCAAAGCUCAGCUAGCAGCUGGACAGAAGGAUCGAGCGCUCAUUGCGCUGCGGAGGCGGAAGUACCAGCAAGGCCUGAUGUCAAAAACAGACAGUCAACUGGAGAAUCUAGAGCAAUUGGUCACUACAAUUGAAUUCUCCCUUGUUGAGGUCUCUGUGUUGCACGGCCUCAAACAGGGAAACGACGUUUUGAAGGAGAUUCAUAAAGAAAUGAACAUAGAGAGUGUUGAAAAGCUAUUAGAGGAGACCGCUGAAGCGCGCGAAUACCAAAAGGAAAUUGGCGAUAUGCUCGCCAACACGCUUACGUUAGAUGACGAAGAUGCUGUUCAAGAGGAAUUGUCUGCCCUUCAGAAGGAUAUCUUAGGAGAAGACAAGGAACCCCAUCUCUUCGACCUUCCCACCGUGCCAUCCGAAGAACCCCGAGAUCCUAUCACCGAAGGCAUGUUUCUUGUAUUUACCUUCAUAUUACACACAUUGAAAUGCUUUGCUAGACCAUCAACUCCAACGUGA